AUGUCUUUCCCCUACACGCCAUAUCCCCUCACAACGUACCCAUCUUCGCCACUAUGGCAGCUUUCACCUGUGUCCUCGAACGUGACUUCUGGAUGGGUGCCGAGCUGCACCUCUUCGAGUUGUCUUCCGACCGCGAGUUGGUCGACUGGUGCGGCCAACUCGUCGCUUACAUACAUGUUCUACGCAUUUGAUAUCAUCUUGAAUGGUACGGUUGAGGGCGACAUAAAGCUGCAGGUUAUCCGCAACGGCAAGGAGGAGGUCUUGAACCCAUCAGGAGACAGUUUGUUUACUGUCCAUGGCUUACCUACCGAUCAACUUCUGCACCAAAACCUUACGAUCACGGUUCUCGAAGCAAGUACUGGCGCACGAUUCACCAUCAACGAGGCUCGUGUUAAUGCAUCUACCUUUGGUGAUAAUGUCUAUGACUCGCGCCAAUGGUUGAUUGCGAGUAACGACGGCGCGAUCCAGUAUACUACAGGAUUUACCCAACAGCAGGCUGCCGCGGGCUUGGCAUCCCCAACAACUUACGUAUCGUCUGUGGCUGGGGACAAGAUGACCAUGCAGUUUAACAGUGAGUCUACAUCUUCACUCGACGACACUUCGACCAAUAAUAUCACUCUAGGUUCUGCUAUGACGCUUUAUGGUCCUUGUGGUCCCUCCAGCGGCCUCAUGAGAGUCAAGAUCGACACACGCUUCGAGGAAACGGUCAACAUCACCAAACCUAUUCAAUCUGACGACUGCUUGCUCUUCCAGUCUCCAGGUCUGACCUCUGACCUUCUGCAUUCGCUCGAGGUCGAGAAUGUCAGUGGUGGCACACUCGCUAUCAAUCGCAUAGAGUUUUUCCGCAUCGUAACGUUCACCAACCCUCGCGGGUACAAAAACGCGGGGAUGAUAGCAGGAAUUGUACUGGGCGUGAUAUUAGGAAUUGCUGCUUUGGUCAUUUUAUACUCGACAAGAUCGAGAAAGAUGCGCCAGAAAAUCAACAAUUCGUGGAAGAUCUUUUGCAGUUAA